AUGUCAGAACGCACAUCAAGAGCCCCUAGAGGAGGCGCCCCUAAGAGGGGAGGAUUCAGAAAUUACUCUCGAAAGUUCAACAGCGGCUCCAAUGCUGGUUCAAAACUAAGCCCAGAAAAUCAAAAUAAAUUGACUACAUUGUCUGAAAUGUUCUCAGAUUGGUCCAAAGAAGAUUUGCUUGACGCCCUUCAGGACAAUAGCUUCGAUCUUGAAGCCGUUAUCUUGAAAAUCGCCGACGGCGUGAUAACCAAAUGGGACGAAGUUAAGAAGCCUUCUGCCACAAAGAAACAACAAACCAAAGAUGAACUCGAAAGCGCAAGCGCUCUUCAACAACCUUCAUCUACACAUCGCCGUGGCGGAGCUCCUAGGGAAUCACGCUCUACAAAGGCUCCUAAUAAAUCGAAGGUGUUCAAUGGCACGAAAAAGGCCCCAAAGGAAUCUGCCGCUGCUGCUGUCACUACCGCCACCGCCACCACCACCACCAGCGCUACCGCAUCAACAUUAACAACCGAAACUACCACAGCAUCACAGGAAACCACAGCCUCCGCUCCAGUGGAAAAGCAAGAACCUGUUCCUGUUAAAUCAUCGUGGGCAAGCAAAUUAUCGAAAUCAAAAACUGUUGUCAAGCAAGUCCCAGUAGCAAAACCACAAGAGGAAGUAGUUGAAGAAGAAAUAAUUAUUGAAGAAGAAAUUGCACAGGAAGAAGUGCCAGCUGUCAUAAGCGAAGAACCCGAACAUGAAGAGGAAGAAGUUAAGCCACUACCAAAACAACAACAACAACCAAAGCCAAAGAGCUCUAGCUGGGCAUCAAUCGCAGCUAGCAAGGCUGCCGUAAAGAAGGUCGAAAAGCCAAAACCAAAGGAAGAAGCAAAGGAAGAAGUUAAACCACAAGAAACCCAACAAAUUCUUGAAGUAUCAGAAGAACAGCCUGAAGAGCCAAUCGUUGAAGCUGAAGCUGAAGUUCCAGUUGAACCAAAGGAAGUUGAAAUUGAAGAACCAAAGGCUAUUGACGAACUCAUUGAUGCCGAGAUUAGUGAACCAAUUCCAGAACCUGAACAAGAAAUUCCGGAAUCUAUCGCCCCAAUUAACAGUGCUGUUGUCGCCGAAGCUACCACUGCUGUUCCAACCCAACCACAACAAUCUCUUCGUUUCCCACGUAGAUUGAACCAAGACGCUCCUGUUGUUUUGCCAAAUGCUGCUUCCCAAAUUGGUUCCAUUGGUAUCUCUUUUGGAUCACUCGGAUUGAGUGAUCAGCCAUCAACUGCUUCCACCAGCACCCCAACUGCCCCACAAGCUCAACAAGCUGCUCCAGCUCCACAAACUCAGCAAGCUCCACAACAUGCUGCUAAUCAACAACAACCUCAAUCCACCCAACAAUCACAACAACCUCAACAACCUCGUCAACAAUACCAACAACGUCAACAUUAUCAAGGCUAUUACCCACCUCAAGGUUCCCAACCUUCUGCUCCUCAACAAUCUCAACCACAACGUCAACAACAAUACAACCACUUUUUCCAACAACAACAGCAACAACAACAGCAGCAACAACAACAACAACAACAACAGCAACAACAACAACAACAACAUCAUCAUCAACAACAACAGCCAGCUCAAACCCAAUUCGGUGAACAACAACAAAAGUAUGAUUUCUACGGUUAUCAAAGCCACAUGCCUAGCUACAACUACGGUACUGACUACUCCGCUUAUGACACUCGCUCUUACAACUUUCAACAAUUGAACAAUGGUGCCAUCAACAGUAGUGCUGCCGGUUCUCAAAGCUCUCCAUUGGUUAGUAACAAUACCGCCCUCAGAAACCAAAAUGUUAAUGGUGCUUACGAUCCAGCUGGAGCAGCUGCUGCUGCACAACAAGCCCAAUAUGGUAACCCAUCUAUCCCUAACCCAGCUGCAGUUGAUGGCUCUUCCAUUCCACCAAUUGGUGGUGCUUCUGCUGGCGCAGUUGGUCUUCCAGGCUCUACUGUUCAACCAGGUACUGCCACUGGUGGUGCCCCAGCUGGUGGUGCUCCAAACUACGGUCAAUUUUACCUGUACUAUUACCCACCAAACUACUACUUUCAGCAACAAUACCAAUCCUAUCCUCAACAACAACAGCAACAACCUAAGGGUUUUAACUACUACCAAGGUGUGCCACAACAAGGUGUUCAACAACAAGGCCAACAACAGGGUCAACAACAGGGUCAACAAGAGCUCAGUAGCAGUGGUACUGCCGCUCAACAAGAACUCGGUAGCCAACAAACUCAAGGUCAACAGCAAGGCCAACAACAAGGCCAACAAGGUCAACAAGGACCAGCUGGUCAACAGCAAUUCUAUGGUCACCAACAAACCCAAGCCCCUUACGGUCAAUUCGGACAAUAUCCAGAGUACACUAGACCUAGUGGCGCUUGGUAUUAA